CCAGGAGAGAAAUGGGAGGGUUGAAUUUCUAAACUGAUGCUUUAAACAAACUUUUGUACAGAGUAACUGCCUCCAUCCCUCUCUCCCACAGACAAAGUUUAGUCGGCCGUUCACUUCAUCACCUGAAGCCAAGGUUCAGUCAGCCACCAUCAUGUCCAGCAAACGAGCCAAGGGGAAGUCCACAAAGAAGAGGCCACAGAGGGCCACCUCUAACGUGUUUGCUAUGUUCGACCAGUCCCAGAUCCAGGAGUUCAAGGAGGCCUUCAAUAUGAUCGACCAGAACAGGGACGGAUUCAUCGACAAGGAGGAUCUACAUGACAUGUUAGCCUCCUUGGGUAAGAACCCGUCCGAUGACUACCUGGAGGGCAUGAUGAGCGAAGCUCCAGGUCCCAUCAACUUCACUAUGUUCCUCACCAUGUUUGGAGAACGUCUGAAUGGAACAGACCCUGAGGAUGUGAUCAGGAAUGCCUUUGCCUGCUUUGACGAGGAGGGAUCCGGUGUGAUUCAUGAAGAUCACCUGAGAGAGCUGUUGACCACUAUGGGAGAUCGCUUUACUGAUGAGGAAGUGGACGAGUUAUUCCGUGAGGCCCCCAUUGACAAGAAAGGCAACUUCAACUAUGCCGAAUUCACUCGCAUCCUCAAACACGGGGCUAAGGACAAGGAUGACAUGUAAAGCAUUAGAGAGACUUUCAACCUGGCAGCAGAGUGCAUUUUACUUACGAAAAUAACGUGUCCAUAAAGGGAGAACAUGAGACAAACAAAUGACGCAUUAUUGCAAAGUAAAAAGCACACAAAACACAACUGCGUUACAGUAUAACCACACGACAGUACAAAAAUGAGUCCUUUUUUAUUAUAGGAUGCUUGCACUUAAGAUUAAAUUGUGAUAAUUGUAUACCUCGUUUUUUUUUUUCUUCUCUCCACAUGCUCAUGUGCGUUAAAGAAUUAUAUAGUGCACGGAACUGUGUCCUUGUUUGUUUCUGAAGACGCUCAAUAGUUUCACUUGGUUACUGUGAAGAAGUUCAGCUAAUAUGAAGGCAUAACAAAAGUAAACGUCUCAGCAAAAAGACUUACAUUUUUGAAAAGAUUGUUUCAUAGUUCAGGAGGAAACCACUGUAACAUGGUCAGAUUAAACUGAGAGAAACACGGGCUUGUUUAGAAGAAAUUGUGGCAUUUCUUUUUUUUUCAGGGAAUAUUGGAGCUCUUUUUAUGGUGACCAAAAGCUAAAAACGUCUGCUCAGUUUCCAUAUUUUAUGCACCUAACCGAUUUCCAAAACACCUGUCCAGGGUUUAUGCUCCACAAGAGUGCAUUCGUUACAGAACACCAAUUUUUAUUAAAUGAAGUAAUAGCUUGUUUAAGCAUUGCCUGUAAUGACAUUAAGAUGCACAAAAAUAAGACCGUUAUGUAGCAUUUUUGGAAGAAGUCUCCAGUGUCAGUUUCUUUAUCAGUCCCUCCAGGAUUUCGUGAUUUCAGAAAUUACGCAAAAUAUACAAGCAAACUAAUAUUCAGAGGAGCUUGCAAUUUUUCAAGAUUACCAAAGACGUGGGCCAAGGUGCGUCAUAUAACGUCAUCACAACGCUCAUUCAGUCCAAGCCCUCUUCGAUUCACGUACCUCGAACACGAGUACAGCUAAAAAGGUCUCAUUUACCAACUAUCACUGUGCAAGACCGUGUAAAACAAUUUCCUGCGAAACUGCACAAAAAAAAAUUCCACCGCAAAUUUUGAAAAAAGCUGCAGCAAAAUCAAGCAUUUUUGGCCACGUUUUCCAACAAGGGAUUUUGGGGUCAAAUAUGAAGAGAGUGUUAAAAAGACUGCUUGAACCCCUAACUAUAAACAUAAAAGGCAUAUGGACUUUAUAUAUUUAAAAAAAAAAAAAAAGCAUAAUUGUAGGGAAAUUGAAGAAGAAAAUACUUUUGAGGGUUGGGGUGUAACAUCACCCAAUUUGUUUCUUAACUUUCAGCAUGCUUUUUUUUUUUUUUUUUU